AUGGCGAGGGCUCUUCGUCCCGGUGAGGGCUUGGUGGAGAUCGAGGAUCGCGACGGCAGGGUGUGGCAGGUGCCGAUCAAUGUCGCGUACUGGCGCUCACUCAGCGGCGAUCAGCAGACGAUCCUGAUGGUCAAGCUCCGCAACCAGAUCGAGGCUGAGGGCACAGAGGACCGCUUGGCAGAGGGUGGCGGCGUGCUUCAGUGCAACGUCGCCCUCGGAUGCGAGUGCCUGCCGCGUCCGCCCGAUGGACUCGAUGGACCCGUGGCCGAAGAGGGCGAGAAGGAGGCGGAGGGCGAGAAAAAGGACGACAAACCCAUGGCGAAGGACGACGAAGCCAAGGCGUCGGGCGAGCCGGCAAGCGGCCCUCCCUUCGGCCCUGCAUUGAACUUGUUGGUCUGGACCUUCUCCGCCGGCGUGGUGCUCGCAGGGGUUCUUCAGGGGUUGUUCGGAUGUUGUGCGGGCUUGGUGUCGUGCGAGUGCAAGUGCACAGGUUUUCCUGCGAGCGUCUUCGCCGACUUCGAAACGUCUGGAGCCCUGUGCCUCUGCAAGAGUUGCCUCUUUGAAGCCGAAUCGAAGUCAGUGCGAGAACUUCUUUCACAUACUUGGUUAAUGUGGCUAGCUGGUAAUACCACGAAGCUAUCAUCUGUUGCCAUGGUUCGCGUCGUAUCACUGAGCGGGCGAGAGGUCGACGUCCGCUGGGGUCCCGAGGACACCUUGGGCGAUAUCGCCGAGAAAGCCAGAGUGGCACUCGGCACCUGCCGCGGACGGCUUCUCCUCGGCACCGACGUCCUCGACUUCGACAGCAAGAUGAAGGAUGUGGGGGAUGGAGUCCUGACGUUCCAGUCAAUUUUGCCCCGCACGCUGGCGAGUUUGAAGGCAUACACGAUCCUGUACGGCGACGGCACCGCGGAGGCGGUGGGGGACCCUGAUCUCGGUGGCCGAGGUGGCGCGCAGGGGGUGAAGGCGGUGCAGUGUGGCGACGGCUUCUGGUCCGAGGAUGGGGAGGACCUGUGCGGGGUCGUCGACGUACAGGCCACCCGAGCUGCCUUCGCCGCAAUCACGUCCAGCGGCUCCGUGUACGCCUGGGGUCACGAGGCGGCUGGAGGCGACCUGGGUGGCCGCGUCAUCACGGACGCCGUGGCCAUCCAGGCAACAGACAAGGCCUUUGCCGCGAUCCUGAAGGAUGGCUCCGUGCGGGCCUGGGGCCAUGAGGAAUGCGGUGGAGACUGCGAGGCCGUGCGGGACCGCUUGGUGAAGGUCCGAGAGAUCCAGGCCAACGACGCGGCCUUCGCGGCCAUCUUGGAAGACGGCUCCGUGGUGACCUGGGGCGAGGCCGACUGUGGUGGCGAUGGGCCGUCAUUGCAGAACGUGAGGUGCAUCCAGCAUGAUGGCUCCGUGGUCACCUGGGGGGUUGCCGCGGUGGGAGGAGAUAGCAGUGCAGUACAGCAUCAGCUGCGGGACGUCGUCCAUGUGAGUGCGGGUAUGGGCUUCUUUGUAGCAACUUUGGGCGAUGGCACCACCGUACAUUGGGGUCUCUUCGGCGCGGCGCCUGGACCUUGUCUGUGUCGCCUCUUGAAGUUCGGCCUGGAGUCUUCGGCACGGCUCGCGACGGCUUCGCGCAUCGCCUGGGCCCUGGUGCUCUCUUUGCUGCCUCUUCGAAGCCGGCUGGCCGUGAACGUGGUCCUCAGCCCCGCGCUGCCAGACCUGGCUCGGGUCGGCGUUCGCCUCGGCUUGGGCGACUAUCCGGCCUGCUGCGACCGCCUGCUGGAGCUCCUGGAUCCGAAGCUGUGCUCAGAAACUGACCGGAUCGGUGUCCAGCAAGCCAACGCUGAGUUGCAGAGGCUCCGGAACAAGCUGGACCUCCUUCCCGAGUCGGAGCUGUCCACGGCUCGCCAAGAGGCGCAAGGGGCGCCGUCUGCCAUGGAGCAGCUGUUUGUGACGCUGCCUUCGCAGUCGGCAUCUGCCAAGAGCCGCUCCGUUCUUCAAGGGCGAGGUUUGGGGAGGGGCUCCUCUGCUCCCAAGGCCAGUUUGGACAAGUUCAUGAAGCAGAUCAGGAAUACGACCGAGGUUGCACAGCCCAGCGAGCCGAAGGUUGCACAGCUCAGCGAGCCGGUGGUUGCACAGCCCAGCGAGCCGAUUGCAGAGCCCAGCGAGCCGAUUGCAGAGCCCAGCGAGCCCGCGGUUGCAGAGCCCAGCGAGCCCGCGGUUGCAGAGCCCAGCGAGCCCGCGGUUGCAGAGCCCAGCGAGCCCGCGGUUGCAGAGCCCAGCGAGCCGGAGGUUGCACAGCCCAGCGAGCCGGUUGCAGAGCCCAGCGAGGCAGUGGUUGCAGAGCCCAGCGAGGCAGUGGUUGCAGAGCCCAGCGAGGCAGUGGUUGCAGAGCCCAGCGAGGCAGUGGUUGCACAGUGCAGCGAGUCGGCGGAGCAGGAAUCAGCCGAGGAGCCAUCCAUUCCGGCCUUUGAGAACGGGAAGCUGGGUGAGCCGCUCAAGGAGUACAGGGACCACGUGGUUGCGAAGCAAGACUUUGAGCACUACGGCCCGGACUGCCCGCUGGAGGAAGUCCGACGCUUCCGGGAGUGCCUCUAUCGCGACGAGAAGGACGCGGCGAACUUCAACCCCUACUGGGUCGUGCUGGAGUUCCCCACUCGCACUGGUGUGGGGCCGCUGCCAGAGUGGAACGGCGCGAUGGCCUUCUGUCUUCGCGAAGACGAUCCCACGAACUUCAUGCUCGUGAGCAAGAAUAAGGGCGUCGCGGUGCGGGCCGAGAACGUCUUCAAGGUGAAGAAGGACUGCCUGCCCCCGCUGUUCUCCGCGAUCCUCCAGGCCGGCUGGCAGCGGGGCAACAUCCGCAUCUUCGACAAGGGGGCCUACUACCAAGCCAAGGACCAGGACGCGGCGGAGUUUUCCCCACGGGCGGCGCUCCGAAGCCUGGAGCACCUCGACCCCGUCGGCUACAUGUCCCACAUGGCCAAGCUGGAGGACCGCUUCGGAGGCGACACGGCCCUGCGGACUCGCAAGCGCAAGGCCACGACCGAGGAUGAGUACAUCUACGUGCAGCGGGAGGCCCUCAACAAGCUCCGCAAGGCCGUUGAUGAGGAAAAGGAGGCCAAGGCGAUGCUGGCGAAGUCCACGCUUUCCAUCGCAGACUUCAACUACGAGACCUGCCAGUGCUGGUAUUGGGACGAGCCGAGUGGCUGCAAGAAGUCCGUGCCCUUGGACGAGGCCGUCGCCACCGCCAUCCAGACGAGGAGAACCAUAGUGCUUUACGGGCCUCCAGGUCGAGGCAAAUCGCCCUUCGCCAAGGCACUGGCCGGCUGGUACAUGCAGCACGUCCUGGGUGGCAAGAUCGACGAGAUGAUCUUCACCGGCACCGUGGACAGCCUCCGCAAGGCGUACCAGUUCAACCUGCUUCAGGGCGGGCGGCCCCUGGUUUUCGAUGAUCUCCUUGCCAACCGGCAAAACGUGGGGAGCCAAGGAGGAGGGCCGGACUUUGUGAAACAGCUCUUAGGCAUCUCCCGGGAUGAUCGAGCGACUCUCCAGAGUCGCUACGCAGAUAUGCAGAUCCCACAGGAUUGCCUGAGAAUCAUCACGGUUCAAGAUGUCGACAAGGUGCACCCGGGGCUCCAGGUCAUGCACAGCGCCACGGAAACCCACAUCCCCAAGGAGUUCUGCGGGGACUUGCAUGACAUGCCCAUCAAGGAGUAUUUCGACGUGGACCGCCGGGCAAUCCUCAAGAGGAUGGUCGCGAUCUUCGUCCCCGAUGGCAUCCUGAAAGGCGAGGUGCUGGGUGGCCGCGUCGAGUCUGAUCAGGAGAACAUCGCCAGGCUGCGGGAGCUCUGGAGUAAGACCGUCGGCUGA